AUGAAUUAUCUUUUUAUAAUCGGCUCUUUGAUAAUAUAUUCAAUUUUUGGUGAAUUAAUAUUGCUCACGAAUGGAGAUCAUUAUCACGAGAUUUUUGAUAUAAACAAAUAUGAAAUUUCCACUGAUUGCAACGAGAAACACAUUUAAAUCCAGGAACAUAAAGUCAUUGAGUAGGUGCAAUUGCUAGAGAAAACCCAAAUAGAGCAAGUACUCUCUUAUCAUAUCACUUAGAUUGUCUACUACCCAAAUGAUUAGAAUACCAUACUCAUCUUGGAAAAGAUAGGCAAAAUCACCAUACUCUUUAAGGAUAAUCAAUAAUUCAAUUCUCCCUUCAAAGAAUUGGGAACACUCGAUCUAAACACCAAAGGUCUACCUGAUUUCACCUGUAGCGAUAUGACUUAAUACUCACUCGACAUCUUCAUGGCUGUCUGCAAAUCAGACAAUGAUAUUUACAUCUCUAAAAUCGAAUGCAUAGCUGAAGAUAAUAAGUAUUUAUCCAGUUGUAAUUCUCAUCUGUACUUAAAUUCAGAGGAACUGAACAAUUGCGAUAACUUAAAUAUCAUCACUGAGAGUUCUUGGAGAGUCAAAGAUCCUGAGUAUUUUAGCAUUUAUUGUUCCUCCCAAGACAAUUUUAAAGUCAAAAGACCACUAUUAAUUGGUAAAUUUAAUAAUCGAGCUAAUUCUAUAUAAAUGGCUACACUUAUGAGUUCAAUCAAUGAAAUUGAAAAAAUAUCUUUUUUCGACGAUAACACCCUCAUGAUAUUAGAUCAUCGAUCAGCAUUACAUGUUUUUAGAUUUGCAUUCACAGAUGAUGGUGACAUCACCUACGAAUAAUUAUUGUGGUAAUUGUUUUUACCAAAUGAAUUAUUUUAUGCACUCAGCUACUCCCAUGAACAAUAUGCCAUGAGGUUCCCACCAAUCGGAAUCAUAGAGAAUGACAUUCAAUAUAGCAUCGUAAUCUUGAGCGAUCAUUUUAUAUAUGAAUUAGCUUUACCGCAAUAAUCGAAAGAUUUUUUCUUCACUGCACUCCCAAUUAAUGAUAAGAUCAGCAUUCGGAAUAUACUCAGUGAUAAGUAAAUCAAAAAGGGAUAAAUUCAAUAUGAUGAGUAGUUUUAUUAUGUUUGCCUUACUUACAUCUAAAAUUCUAUAGAAUGCUAUAGAAUUAAUAGACAUCAAUCCUACACUGAAAAAUUACUGCUUCGAAAUAAAUAUCAACACCCCAUGUUAUUAACAUAUCCUGUUUCCUUUUCCACCAUAACUGGACAGACCAACAUAUUGAUAACUCAAUAGAUGAAUCAAACCAAGGCAGUAUUAAGUUUGAUAAAAAAUGAAAUUGAAAGGAUAACCGUACUCUCCACAUCCAAUGAAGAAUUUCUUUGUUCUAUUGUAUUAACUGCUUAAGCCACUUCAAUGUGUAAUAGUAAGUAGGAUCAGAAUGUAACACUUAUGAUUUAUAAUCAAAAAUUUGAAAGCACCAAUUUAUACAAAAUCGACCAUCUGUAAAAUUACAACUUUCCAAAUACCGAUUCAACUGUCCUCUAUUCUACCUUAAUAAGAGGGCCUGCCGCUAUUCUUUAACCCAAAUGCGAUAAGAACAGUAAGUAGUAUUAAUAUUUUAGAGUAGAUGUUGAAGUCAUAAGCCUUUCUGGCUUCGGAUAUGAAAUGUGGGAAGACUUGUAUUAGAAUUUUAUUUAGCAUUCUCGCAUUCCUAUUAGAUCGUUUUUAGAUAAGGGAUUCAGAACCAUAUUCUUAUAGAUAGAUUAAGUCAAAAUAAUAAUUCAAUAGGAAAUUCCGAAUACAAUUUAUUUUACUCAGAAAAUCUACUCCUUAAAUUGCUCAUCAGUCAAUAUUGUGUAGAAGAUCGUCAGCAUUUCCCCAUAUUAUGUAAUAUUCUAUUAGAAAACAACUUAUUACACAGUCUUGAAAAUGUUGAGAGUGGAAGAAGACUUAUUGGAGUUUGAAUGUAAGAAUGUUGAAUAUCCACUCCACGAUUCAUAACAUGAAGUAUUUGUAGAUUUGGAUUUCAUAAAUUUAUUUUUCACCACAAACAACACAAUCUAUUAUACUGACAUCUAUUUUAAAGAUGUGGUUACCAUAGAAAUUGAUCGUAAAUUUCGAUAAUUGAAUUUUCAAUUUUUAAAGAAUGACAUCAUUCUAGGAAGUCAUCAAAAUAAAUUAUACAAGAUCCAAUUGACAACCCAUUUUCAAGCAAAUCAUUUUAGGACAACAAUCUCAGAAAUUGAAUUGGGUCAAUUGAGUCACAAUUUUAAAUUCUUUGUCUUACAACUUAGGAAACCUAUUCUGACAUUAGUGGUUGUAGAUGACAGAAUAACACUAUACACAAUAGACAACUUACAAGAUAUCAAGUUCGAUUCUAUGCUACCCUAAUUUAACAGCAUUAUCAAUGCUAAUGAAACCCAUAUAAAUUAUUAUAUGUUAAUAGUACCAACCAAUAAGCCCAAUGAAUUGUAUAUAUAUGAUUUGUCAAAGACUGGAUCAGAUAGAUUACAUGCAAUUCACAAAUAUCCAAUUGAAUCAGAACCAAUAACUAUAUGCUAUCCAAAAAUGCAAUCCUUCCUUUACUGUCUGUAAUUUGCAAAUGCUGACAUAAAUUGCUACUUUAAUAAAAUGCUUGAAUUUGAACUGAUUGCUUCUGAUCCAACCAACAUUGAUAACUAAUUCUCAGUUGCAAUCAAUGCUUAAUCUGCAUUAAGUUACAGUGUAUAAAGUACUAUAAUAUUAAUAUAUAUUUAUAGAAACCCUGACAAUCAACGGUAGUUUUAGAUAUUAGGAUACGAUGAUAGAGAAGAGUGUAAAAAUGUUGGAAGAAAUCAAAAUCUACAAGACAAAUUAUACAACUGAACUAAAAAUCAUGGAUUAUUAUUCUGGCCCUAUUUUUAAUUAUUAAUUGUAAAGUGCCAAAGACUACAAUAUAAAAAUUGUGCCAUUCAUCAUGGAAUAGGAUGAUAAUUUGGUUAGAUUUAAGAUCAAUUAGACAAUUCUAGGAACAAGUGUGUCAAAGGAGUAUUUAAUCAUUUUGGGAGAUGAAACCAUAGGCAUAAUAGAUAUUCCUCAAACCUAAUGUAAAAUAUCUUAUAACGUAGAUCAUAAAUAAGUAAUUUAGAGUACCAUAGAUUAUGAUGAGAUCAAGAAUGUAUUUUUUGAUUAAGAUUAACCAACUGUGAAUAAUUGUACUAAAUCCUUUAUUAAUCCAUUGUCAAUUGCGGAAUUAUCAGCCAUCCACAUUAUAGCUUUAUUUUGCUAAUCUAUGAUGGUGAGAGUCAACGUCACCAGCUAAAUUAAUCAAUUGAGUUUUACUAUCCUAUCGGAUAACCAACCAAUAGAAAAAUAGUUUUUGGACAAUUUCUUCUUUUUAAAUGUCAAUUUCAAAGAUUUCUUGUACCAAAAUCAAAGUUCUUUUAUUUUGGAGGAUGUGAAGAUGAUUAAUUUCCCAAUUCAGUUCAAACCAAAGUAUAAAUUUAUUACUGUAACCGCUAUGGUAAAGGGAAAUAAAAGAUACGAUUCUGAAGACCGAGCCAGAGAUAACUUAAUUUGUAUCUUCUAUGGAUACUUAGAUUAGAGUUAGAGUUCAUUAAUGAAUGGAUCACUUUUGGAUGUGAUUGGAGCAGCUAAUUUUAAUAGAAAUACGUUGAUCGUUAACAAUUUUUAGAUGUAUUGCGUUAAGGGUUGCAUCAUUCAGAAUGCUAAUGAUAUCAAGAUUGAAACGAUUAUUGAGUUAAUAUUCAAUGAUCAAUACUCAUUUAAUCUGUAUAAGUUAUAGAUAAGUUUCAUAUACGCAACGAAAAAGCAGCCAUAAUAUAAGUUGAUAAAUGUGGAUACUCUAAACAUCAAAGAACUAAGUAAAUUGAUAAUUUUAUGUAUUUAGUGAGUAAUGUUAUUAAGAAUCAAAUUGAAUUCACAUACAUUGACACUGAAGUUUAAUUUCAGAACGAGUCGACUUAUACAGUUAAUGUAACUACGGAUUCCCUCAGUUUUGAUUUAGUUCAAAUUCAGAGGCGAAUUGAGAUUGAAUAGAUUUUCAAGUAAGCUUAGAAUUUGAUAUAGACAAUACACACAGUGUCAGAGUCCCCCUGGAUCAUUGAAGGCAUCCUAUAACUAGUAUUUCGCUAUCAGUUGUAGAAAUGCAUCUAGAAACUACUCUGAGCAAACUCAGUUUGUUAAAUUGUUCUUAAGGGGCGAAUACUAAAUAAAUCAUUCAGUGAAGUCCGUUAUCCAGGCUGCUUAGAUAUAAGGAAAUCUAAUGUUGUUAGACAUACAAAAGGGGUAUUUGAAUGAGCAUGUUCGAAUGUUAAUUUUGGAAUAAGACUAUAACUAAUAGGACUUUUAAUUGAGGUGGUUUCAUCUCAAUGAUCAGUUUACAUUAUUAGUAAUUUGAGUGAUCAAUAAAUAAAUUAGGCUGAUUAGAAUAGUACUCCUUAGAGUGUAUUGAAUGUGUAAUUGUGUCCUAGCAAUUUAAAUGAGAUCCAAGGUUUGUGUAUGGAUAUCACGAUUUCAAAUACGGGAUAUCAUCAUUAUAUAACAACGGAAUGGCUGUUAUUUAUAUUUUUGAUUGGUUUGCCCUUGAUCAUAAGUUGUAGUUUUAUAAUAUUUUGCAUCAUCAAUUAUAAGGCUGAGAAGUAAAAAAGAGUGGAAUCUUUUGGAAUGAAUCUUGAACAGUAACUUAAGAAAUAGUCAUCUCACGUAUAAUCAAGAAUGGAAAAUACUAUCUAUUGA